UAUUUAUUUAAUUUAAAAAAAAGAAAGGGAAAAUGGGGACGCAGAGUUUGUUGGGAGGAACAAGAACGGUAGUAGCAAUAAGGGAUUGUUGCGAAUCCAUAAAUACAAUAAUAAUAAUCAGGAAAAAAUCCACCACCGUCUCUGGUUUCUCAUUAUCAUCAUCAACGACAAGAAGAUCCUCUUCAUUGUAUUGUCGUCGUUGGUCACCAUUAACGACAAUACUUUCUUCUUCUUCUUUAAUGUCUUCUUACGAGAAGGAACUCGCUGCUGCUAAGAAAGCUGCCACUCUCGCUGCUCGUCUUUGCCAGAAAGUACAAAAAGCUCUUCUUCAAUCUGAUGUUCACUCUAAAUCUGACAAAACUCCUGUCACUGUUGCUGAUUAUGGUUCGCAGAUCUUGGUCAGCUUGAUGCUUCAGAGAGAGCUUCCUUCUGAACCAUUUUCAUUAGUAGCUGAGGAGGAUUCAGGGGAUCUUCGUAAGGAAAGUGGCCAAGAUACAUUGAAGCGCAUUACAGAUCUUGUCAAUGAUACUCUUGUUAAUGAAGGAUCACAUAACAUUUCUGCUUUAACAACAGAUGACGUGCUUAAUGCCAUUGAUAAUGGUAAGUCCGAAGGUGGUUCCAUUGGGCGGCACUGGGUUUUGGAUCCGAUAGAUGGUACUAAAGGUUUUGUAAGAGGAGACCAAUAUGCCAUAGCAUUAGCUCUGCUAGAUGAAGGGAAAGUUGUAUUGGGUGUCUUGGCUUGUCCAAAUCUUCCGCUGGGAACCAUUGGCCCGAAUCAACCGCAUUCUUCUUCUAAUGAAGUUGGGUGUCUUUUCUUUGCCAAAGUUGGCAAUGGAACAUAUAUGCAAGCAUUGGAUGGUACUACACAAACUAAGGUGAAUGUUAGUACUGUUGACAAUCCAGAAGAAGCAUCAUUUUUUGAAUCUUAUGAAGCAGCACACUCCUCACAUGACUUGUCUAGCACUAUUGCAGUAAAACUCGGCGUCAAAGCACCGCCAGUCAGAAUUGACAGCCAGGCAAAAUACGGAGCUCUAUCCAGAGGAGAUGGGGCUAUAUAUUUGCGUUUCCCCAACAAAGGAUACCGUGAAAAAAUAUGGGAUCAUGCUGCUGGUUGUAUUGUUGUGAGUGAAGCUGGAGGUAUUGUCUCAGAUGCUGCCGGAAACCCUUUGGACUUCUCAAAAGGAAAGUUCCUUGAUGUUGAUACUGGUAUUAUUGUUACAAACCAGAACUUGAUGCCUUCGCUUUUGAGAGCAGUUAAAGAAUCACUCAAUGAGAAAGCAUCAUCCUUGUAAUAUCUGUCAAGUGUAUGAUUCUACUACUGAGCUUCCUCAUUUUGUUGUCAGCCAGUUAUAUGAACCUUCCUCUCAAUUGUGCUACAUUUCAUACGCGAUCUGAUGAAGCUAAGCAUAUGACUGGACUUCCUCCAACACUUUAUUUAAAUCAUAUGCCUGUUCUGCUUUUUGCGUGUACUGUCUUCAAGAUUCUUGUAAUUUAAGCUUGAGUUGUAGGUCCUUUUUCUUCUUGCAAGUACUUUUUUCCUCCCAACUUUCUUUUCUAUUAAUAGAUAUUUUUAUUUCAAACUUUGUUUGAUAUUUAACACUUUUAGAUUAA